AUGGACGCGUGCCCUCACUUCAAAGACCGAUCCCUUUCCAUCAGCCAUCUCCACAUUGAAGGCGUCCCCGUAAGAUUAUAUCAACCCAAAGCAUUGCAGCCGAAACAAAGAGGGAUUCUUUUCAUUCAUGGAGGAGCUGGGACCACUGGAAGCCUUGCUGCCUAUGAAAGAGUGUGCCGCCACAUCUCCAAAAAAAGCGACUCUGUGAUGUUGUCCAUCGGGUAUUCUCUGGUUCCUUACCAGCCCUUUCCAGUGCAAUUCCAGCAAUGCCUGGACGUUGUCAUACAUUUUAUGAAACACGCGGAAGAGUACGGGGUGGAUUCUGGCCGCGUCAUAAUUUGCGGAGACAGCUUUGGAGGAUUGCUUGCAGCCUCUGUUUGCCAGAUGCUUGUUGGGAGAAAUGAUGUUCCCAAAAUACAGGCGCAGAUGUUGAUCUACCCUUUCCUCCAGUCUGUGAAACACAGCUUGCCUUCCUACAUGCAAAACGCAAAGACCCCUCUCCUUAAUAAAAGGCAGAUGGUGAAGCUGGCCUUAAAGUACCUCCAGAAAAACGUCUCCCUACAAGAGUCGAUCCUGCAAGGGGCCCACGUCUCCAAGGCGGUGAAAGCCAAAUAUAGCAAAUGGCUCAGUCAUGAUAAUAUCCCCGACGAGUUUAAAGCGAGAGAAUGCAAAGCUUUAGCACCACCCAGUCACCCUUUUGGCGACAUGCAAGAGCUGAUAGACCAGCUGUGUGAGCCAAUGUUAUCCCCACUUUUAGCUGAAGAUGCCAUCUUCCAGCGGCUCCCAGACACUUUUAUUUUAACCGCUCAGUACGAUGUGCUGAGGGAUGAUGGGGUUUUGUACAAAAAGCGGCUGGAGGACAAUGGGGUCCCAGUGUCCUGGUGCCACGUUGAAGAUGCAUUCCACGGAUUUGUUAAUUUGAUCAACCUGGGGUUUCUCAGUUUUUCAUGCGGCAAGAGAGGAGUGAGCAGCAUUGUCAACUAUAUCCAACGUUUCUAA